AUGAUUGCCCUGACAUUAAUCUCUGAUAAAUUCCUCCAAUUCAUCACGUCGCAUCAGGGAAGAUCCGCAGAAAGACGAGAUGGUUCCUCCCAUUUAAAUGCCGAAUCGUACCUGGACGUCGCUUUUGGACCAGGAACGCCUGGUCUUCCUGGAGCAAACGGAUCACAUCACACAAGAACUAAAAGGAUGAGGACAUCCUUCAAGCACCAUCAGCUGAGGACGAUGAAAUCCUACUUCGCCAUCAACCACAAUCCCGACGCAAAGGACCUCAAGCAGCUUUCCCAAAAGACUGGGCUCCCGAAGAGGGUUCUCCAGGGGGAUCCCGUUCCAGCCGGACUCCAUGGCGACAUCCCUAAUUCUCUGGAAUCUGGCCCUUCCCAAGUCUUGGAGGGAAAGAAGGACCCGCAACUCCACAAUUUGACCCAUUUCAUUCCUCUUUUUUUUCUGGUGGAGAAACAACUCCUUGACUGA